AUGGCUAUCCGAGUAAAGAACCAGACUACGAAACCUAUCCAACUGCAGAGAGGUGUAAGACAGGGUGACGUUAUUUCCCCGAAACUCUUCACCGCUGCAUUGGAAGACGUUUUCAAGCUACUGGACUGGAAAGGAUACGGUAUUAACAUCAAUGGCGAGUACAUCACUCACCUUCGAUUUGCCGACGAUAUAGUCCUUAUGGCAGAAUCGCUGAAGGACUUAAGCACUAUGCUCAAUGACCUCGAUAGUGCCUCCCAACGGAUAGGUCUUAAGAUGAACAUGGACAAAACAAAGAUCAUGUUUAAUGUCCAUGUCAUGUCAUGUCAUGCCGGUAGUUGUUGGGAGCACUAA